CUCUCUCUCUCUGUCUCUCCCUCUCUCAGCAGCAGGGGGAGGAGUCAGAGCAGGGUUAGGAUGCUGUCAGGUUGCCGUGGUUUCAGCUUCUCGGUUCUUGUGGCGACUGUCGUCGGGAAUGUGUGUGUGUGUGGCUGAAGGGUGUGUGAAGUGUGUGUGCAUGUGUGUGUGAGUGUGUGUGUGUGAGCUGUGAUUCUUACAGCUGUGAGGAUAUAUGACGGAAGGACGGAGGGAAGGAAGGGAGGAAGGAGGUGUUGAAGGGUGGAUGUGGAUUAACGUCGCUAAAGACGAGUCAUCGUUUCCUUUGAGCUGCUGAGAUCUGUGAGGACGACAGGAAGCUUCAUCACUCCAUCUUUGUUUCUGCACAGGGAGGACUGAAGGAGGGAGCGAAGGAGACCCUGAAGGAGACAGUCGAGAAGGGAUGGAGGGAGUCUGAGUCCUCGCUGAUCCUCUGGUCUGUGGGGAGCAAUGACGUCUCAGGAGGAGGCGUCUUCCUUCAGGAGGUUUUUUCAGUACGUGGAGGACAGUGGCCUUAGGACAUACGAUGGUCUCGUGAUCCAAAAUGCCUCCGACAUCGCCCGAGAGAGCGACCGCAUUCGCAACCAGACCAACUGGACAUACCUGCAGGAAAAACACCAGAAGAAGCGACGACAGGAAGAAGCCAUCAAGAGGAUUGGUGAAGAUGUUGCCAUGGCAACAGACGGGGCAUACUCUGGGAAACAUUUCAGGAUGGGUUUCAUGACAAUGCCGGCCCCACAGGACCGCCUGCCCCCACCCAGUCAGGGCUUCACUGUUCGAUCCCAGUCCCUCCACUCGGUGGGUGGAGGAGAUGACGACUCCAACCACAACCGAAAACAACCCCCACCCAAACCCAAGAGAGACCCCAACACCAAACUGAGCAGCAGCUCUGAGACAGUCAAUGGAGGCUCUGGAGUCACCAAGAGAGAUGCCCAAGAGACCAAAGAAACCCCGGAGCAGGCUGAAGCUCGAUGCCAUCUCUACGGUGAAGACUACAAGAAGAUGCCUCCACCCAAACCCAAAAGGAACCCAAACACUCAGCUCAGCACCUCCUUUGAUGAAUCUUACAUUCGUAAUCAUGGCAACAAGAAGUCUUCCUUGCGAUGGGACAAAUCUUCAUCCCAGAGUCAGAGUCCGGCAUCCAGAGACACAGACGAUGAGGAACCCGUCUACAUUGAGAUGGUGGGAAACAUCCUUAGAGAACUAAAGGGUCAAGAGGCCGUGGAGGACGAGCAGAACGAGUCUGUGUACGAGGAGAUGAAGUACCCAAUGUUGGAGGACUUCCUGCAGGACACUCACUCCACUAUCAUGGAUCCUGAAGCCUGGGCGUCCCGUGGCUCUCUCUGUGACAUUCCUCCACCUUUCCCCAACCUUCUUACUCACCGCCCACCACUGCUCGUCUUCCCCCCAGCCCCUGCUCAGUGCUCCCCCAAUUCUGAUGAGUCCCCUCUCACACCCUUAGACGUCACCCGGCUACCCAUGAUGGAGAACGUCUCCUACAGCAAGUCAGGUGGUGCUGAACAUCUGCAGAGCUCCACCCACCACCGCAAGGAACGAGAGCGGGAUCGCGAACGAGACCGUGAUCUUCCCCCCACCCAUACCAUCACUUCCUCUGGCCGCUCAUCGGCUCCACCUGUACCCUCGAACUUCUACAAGUCCUCUGGCUCUGCCCAUGGUGGCCAUGGUUACCCCCGCAGCCAAUCAGCAUGUCCAUCUCCAGUCAGCAUGGGUCGCUCUCUGACUCCCCUCAGCCUGAAAAGGCCGCCGCCAUAUGAUGCUCUGAUGGCUGGUGGAAGUAUGCCUCGCUCUUCAUCUUCCUCUUCCUCAUCCUCACACAGGGCAGGUGAGGGUGGAGCUAAACUCAGUAACUCCUCCUCCACCCAUGGAUCCAUGCAAAAUGUGUCAAUAAGGUCCCAAACACCCACGAGCCCAUCGGAUGAACUCAACAACCUGUUUUCCUCAAGUAGACAGGUGAUGAAGAAAGGAACAGGUGGCAGGAAGAGCAGAGAGAGUGAAGGAGACUCCAGGUCUCUGCCCAGACUUGACAGUAAAGACAGAGAUGGACAGUCCAGUCCAGUUUCCAGCAGGAUGGGCAGGUCAUCAGUCAGCCCCACCAUGAUGCUGUCCAGCGGAGAAUCAAAGUCGGCGUGUAAACUUGGCCGCUCGGCCUCAACGUCAGGAGUCCCUUCACCAGGUGGGACGCCACAACGUCACCUGCACGAGUCACAUCACCCUGCCCUCAGCCAGAUGCCGUGGCUCUGCGGAGAUGCCACCAUGAUGGAGAUGAUUGAGAAGAAGAGAAUCUUGUGCCGAGAGAUUAAAGCUCGUCAGCGGCCAGAGAAGAAUCUUUGUAAACAGGACAGUAUGCCCAUCCUGCCCAGCUGGAAGAGGAAACAGCCGCCGCCAUAUUCUGCCCCACCUACUGCCACCGCCGCCGGACAGACCGCCACGGUGUUCUGGGACACCGCCAUCUGAGAUACACACAACACAACACAGAGAGAAACACAACAACACAACAACACAGAAUCCACAAACGUGAUGAUGACAAUGCUGACGCAGACAUCAGGCCACACCCGCCACAUGGACAUAUGGUGGGUUCAUGUGCACUACAGGAAGUAACCUUUUGUCCUUGCUGGUUUUCUCUCAUUGUUUGAUUGACAGUAUCUACUGAUCUUUGGCUGCUGUCAAUCAGCUGUGGAGUAAAUAAAGUUUAACUUAAGUCAGAGAAUACCAGUCGAACCGGAUAGCAUUUACACGUCCGGGACAGUCGAUGGAUUAAUCAUCAAAUAUUAAUUUAAUCUAUAUUAAUGGAGUUUAUGUCUUUAUAUCUUUAUCAAAGUAAAACAAAGGAAAGAAUUCAAGAAAAAAUCCACAAGAUGACUUCUAAACAUGUGUAAAAUAAUUCAUGUUCCUGUAAUUAUCGAUCUGUUGAAAUAAUUACCUUUCAAUCAAUCAGCCGGUAAAACAAAACUGUCUACUAAUCAGUUCAUACAAUAAUCAUUAAGUUUGAAUAUGUGACAGUUUUGUAGAAGAGCUGCAAAUAUUUUCAUAUAAAACAUUUAUUUUUGAUCAAAUCUCACAAAUGUUAUGAAAAGCUUUAUAAAUAUCAUGUCAACAAGAGACAAGUGACCUCCCGCGGGUCUCCAUGGAGAUGCUGAGAUACUGUGAAAGAAAUAAUUUGAGAAAAUCAGGGGAAAGAUGAGCUGUUUUACCUUUGAUUACUUUAACACCUUUACUAGGAUGAGAAAAUACUUCAUUCAAGUUUAUACAAAAUGUGAAAAACACCAAGAUUUUCAGCCAACAGCAGCAAUGGACACACACAUGCACACACACGCACACACAGUCAUGUUUCCAUCACUUCUGGGGACGUUGCACAGACUUACAUUCACAUCCUCACCUUGAGCGAAGUUUUCACCUUAAAAAUUCAGUGACGUCAUGGAGACUUUGCUUUUUGUCCCCAUAAGGCAGGUGAGUCCCCACAACGUGAGUGUGUAAACAGGUUUAUGUCCCCACAAGGUGAGCAGUUAACAUCCAACAUAACACACACUCACACACAUUCACACAUGCUUGAACAGGUGUUCUCCUGCCGUCCAAUCACAGUGCAGGAAGGGGUGGCCAUGCAGGUGUAGCAGAGAUUUCUGUCGUCUUUCUACUCGUUAUUUUUCUAUCGGACCACUGAAAAAGAUUCAGAUGUUUUUUUAAGUCUGACAGUCGUGUAGCAGAACGCUGUAAAAAGAAAAUAAGAAUUUAUAAACUCCUCUCUGUGUGAAAAAAUGACCUGAAUGUGCUGGUCAAACAUGUUUUUAUAUUUUAAAAAGGAUCUGUGAUGCUUGUCUGUGUGUGGAAGAAGUCAGUAAGUGAUGAUGUUUUUAUAUUUUAAAAAAGGACUUUUAUUAUGAUGAAAAAAGCACUAUUUUGAAAUGAGAAUAUUUUGGCAUGUUGUUGGUUGGUUUGGUCUCAUCCAUUGUCCCAGAAACACAGACUGGACUCCAGUUCAGCUCCAGGCAGAUUCCAGACAGUCUGUCCAGACAAAUCAGAUGUUUAAGGUGUUUUCUUCAUCUAAUAUUAUAAAAGAC